UUUUGCAAUGAAUGUGAAAUUGAUGACACAAUACUACGAUCCUUCAAGAGUAUUGGAUUUUUUUCUAUUUUAUCCAUUGUAUGCAAACAAUACGAUGUGCUCAUACGCAACCACGUAUGUGAGAACCACGAAAGGAGAACAAUUCGCUUCUUUAUGGAAUCCUUGCCCGAUAAAGAUCCUACAUUUUUUUUUGCAAGGGCUUAUAUGUUAACGAAAGAAAAACUCUAGCUAACUAUAUCUAUUCGCUAAAGCUGAAGCUGUAUGGCCGUCAUCUGUCGAAAAAAAUCAACAUUUUGAAGAGACUUUACAAAAGACGGAGUCGUUAUGAUCUAGCUAUCAAGCAUUGAGCUGUAACUCGGAAGACCUGUACUCUCAACCACAUCAAUUCUUUAAAUAGCUUUUUUACCUUCAGCAAAAAAUAAGUGAAAAGGUGUACAUUAUGGAAGAAAAACCAGUCGCCGUUGCCUCCAAGUCCUACAUUUAUAGGAAGUUAAAAGAACUAACGUUUACUUCAAUACUCAAUAGACGAAGUUUCGAAUAUUUGCAGGACUUGUUCCUACAAAGCAUUAAUUCGAAUGCUCCACUCAUCCUUGGGCGGAAAUUAGCCAAAGUCAAGCCUCAUUUACCUGCUCUGGAAACGUUUGUCACAAGUGUCAAGUCAAGAAUUGCUGAUGGAACAUUCAUGCCUGAAAAAUAUACAGAUAAACGUGGCUACCGGUUUUUCACUCUAUUACCGAUCUAUUCAUUUGAAAUAAAGUCGAUCCAAAUAAUAGAUGCCACAGCUUUUUGGCGACUAGUGAAGAAAUCUAAUAUUGAAAAUUACCCA